ACAUUUGUAAAUUGUAACCGAAGUUCAAAAAUUAUCAGUGAAUAUUUGUAAAUUUGAGGGAAGCUCUUUCUUAAGCAACCUAAAUGAAUUGUCUAACARUAACAAUAAAGUAUAUUGUGGUGUUUUUUAACUUUUUGUGCGUGGUGUUUGGAAUCGUCAUUGUUGUGUUGAGUACAYUGCUGAUGAAGGAACUUGGUGCGGCCAUUAAGCCAAUUUGUAUUAGUUUGAUAGUUUUCGGCAGCGUAAUACUUUGCAUCUCAUUUGUUGGCUGUUGCGGAGCACUAACCGAAAGUUUAUUUUGCAUAUGGACGUACGUCAUAUGUUUGUUGGUAGUUCUCGUGUGCAAUGUGAUAAACAUAAUAUAUAUAAAGAAGGCUGAUAGCACAGAACAUGCCCGUCAUGACGUCAAUUUGGCGUGGCAGCAUAUGAAAGAAGGUAGCGAUGUAAUAAUGCAUAUAUUCCAAACUACGAUGGAAUGCUGUGGGAAGAUAAAUUAUAAUGACUACACCAACGCAGGUAUGCUAAUACCGAUAAGCUGUUAUAGGGGCUACAGUAUGAUGCSUACAGAUUUAUACCAAACGGGCUGUUUAGCUGAACUCACCGAUAGUUACAACACUACCUACAAACACAUGUAUAUCGGCAGUGUGGUCAUAUUUACCAUUGAGGCCCAUAUAAUGCCGGKCUUCGCAUAUAUUCCGAAUUCGCUGUGAUGUCUGACCAAAAAUACCACYUCUCAUGAACUUUGAAGCCUUAGUGAUUUAAGGAGAUACUUAAGGCUACCACACACAAACCAGAGUUAUUGGUAUCCUUAUUAAAAGAAUGGACGUAAAAUCU